AUGAGUGACCGUGUCCGACGUCGCCGAAGCCGAGAACUUCGGGUUCCUCGUCAGGACGGUGGUCUCUCACCAGCUUCCCGACUUCGCAUUGCUGCUGAUGUCCAUCGCCAUUCCACCAGUGACGACGAUUCUGGUUGUGUUCUUGAAGAAUACGCAUGGAUACCUAGUGGAUUGAAGCCUAAUAUGGUCCACAUGUACUUUGCAUCGUUACCCGAGGAGAAAGUCCCCUAUGUGAAUAGUGUGGGCGAAAAGUGGCGGUUGCGACAACUACGGCACCAACUCCCACCACAAGACUCGGACCCUCGUUAUUGCUCUCGCCUAACUCGAGAAGAAGAAGAUGAACUAAGGCUCUUCGAACGCCGUCGCAAAGCUGAAUGUCUCGGACGAGGUUCGGUGGAUCGAGUGCCUUACGAUGGUCGAGUUAGAAAUUGUGGGAGCGUGAGUUUUACCCCCUGCUGGGCCAAUUCCCAUGUCACAUUUGAUUCCUCGAUACCGUUUUCGAUGAGUGCGCACUAUAACGAGUCGUAA